GUAAUAAAAAGAGACACGAAAUAGGAAAUAUAUAUUUGCAGGAAGAGAAAAGAAAUGGAGGCAAGAGCUGCUGAUCGGAGAAUAGCUACUCUCGCCCGUCACCUUGAAGCUUCUUCACUAAAAGAUAGUCAUGAGAUUGUAUCAGCCUCACCCACUUCUUCAAAUUCUUCAUCACCGUCUGUGUUUAAUCAUCUUGCUCGUGCCCCUGAAGAUCCCAUUCUUGGGGUUACUGUUGCAUUCAACAAAGAUCCGAGUCCGUCGAAGUUGAACUUGGGGGUUGGUGCUUAUAGGACAGAGGAAGGAAAGCCUCUUGUCUUGAAUGUUGUGAGGCAAGCCGAAAAACUACUUGUUAAUGACAGCUCUCGUAAUAAGGAGUAUAUUCCAAUUGUUGGACUGGCCGACUUCAAUAAGCUUAGUGCUAAGCUCAUACUCGGUGCUAACAGUCCAGCUAUUCAGGAGAACAGGGUUACAACUGUACAGUGUUUGUCUGGUACUGGUUCUCUACGGGUUGGUGCUGAAUUUUUGGCUAGACACUAUCACCAGCGGACGGUGUAUAUUACUCAACCAACAUGGGGAAACCACCCCAAAGUUUUUGCUUUAGCAGGUUUGUCGGUGAAGACGUACCGAUACUACGACCCCGCAACCCGUGGACUCAACUUUCAAGGCUUGUUGGAGGACCUUGGUUCUGCACCAUCUGGUGCGAUUGUGCUACUUCAUGCAUGUGCUCAUAAUCCCACUGGCGUUGAUCCAACUCCUGCACAAUGGGAACAGAUAAGGCAGUUAAUUAGGUCAAAAGGAUUGUUACCUUUCUUUGAUAGUGCUUAUCAGGGAUUUGCAAGUGGAAGUCUGGAUCGUGAUGCAGAGCCUGUUCGUAUGUUUGUAGCUGAUGGUGGUGAAUGUCUUGUUGCUCAGAGUUAUGCUAAGAAUAUGGGAUUAUAUGGGGAACGUGUUGGUGCCUUGAGCAUUGUUUGCAAGACUGCUGAUGUGGCGAGUCGAGUUGAAAGCCAGUUAAAACUUGUAAUCAGACCGAUGUAUUCAAGCCCACCCAUUCAUGGUGCAUCAAUUGUUGCUACCAUUCUCAAGGACAGGAGCAUGUACCAUCAGUGGACUAUUGAACUAAAAGAAAUGGCUGAACGUAUUAUUAGCAUGCGCCAGCAACUUUUUAAUGCUUUGAAAUCUAGAGGUACACCUGGUGACUGGAGUCACAUCAUCAAGCAGAUUGGAAUGUUUACUUUUACGGGUCUCAACUCAAAGCAAGUGGCUUUCAUGACCAAAGAAUUCCAUAUCUACAUGACUUCUGAUGGGCGCAUUAGCAUGGCAGGCUUGAGUUCUAGGACGGUUCCACACCUAGCAGAUGCAAUACAUGCUGCUGUCACGCGUGGUGUUUAAAGUUUAAACUGGUAACAGCCGGACAAUACUUGAUUCCUUGUCUUUGUAGCUCUCCUUGCAUCUCAAGUUACUAAAAAAGUUCAUACUUAAUGCUCUGUAAUAAUUGUAGCCUCUCAUUAGAGACGUAAACUAGAUAUCUACUUCCACCAGGGAAGCUGAUGUAUCAAUAUCAGAGGAUUUCUGAGAACAUAAUGUGUAGUGGACUGGUGUUAUAAUGCGUGUUCUUCAUUGGUUGCUAGAAUAAUGUUUGCUUGGGUGCAAUAUACGGACUAUGUUCUGUUCCAGGUUUAAUAAAUUCCAGGUUUCCUGUUUCA